AUGGAGGCAGCACAGGCAACUUGUCCUGGGGAUGUUCUUAAAGAUAAUAAAGAUGUUAGUGUUGCAAAGAACAUUUGUGAAAUUGUAAAUGAAAAUACAAACAGAGAAAGCACGCCAAAAGAGGAGGAGACAAAAAAUAACACAAACAAUCUGAAGGAUGGCAGUGGGGGCCAAGUGGUUAAUGCUGUGGCCAAGCAUUAUAAUGAAUUGGAGGAGUUCGGCCUGGCAUCACGUAGCAGAAGUCGUAUUUUCUACCUCAGAAAUUUUAAUAAUUGGAUUAAGAGUAUUUUAAUUGGAAAUAUUUUGCAGAAGAUUCGCAAUGAAAAUGGGGGUGAUCACAAUAUUACUGUUCUUGACAUGUGUUCGGGUAAAGGAGGCGACAUUCUUAAGUGGAGAAAAGGGCAGAUUAGUAAACUAGUGUGUGUUGACAUUGCUGAAACAUCAGUAGAGCAAAGUAAAAUGCGUUAUAAGGAAAUGCAAGACAGAAACCAAAGCAGCCGACAGAGACAGCCCAUCUUUAAGGCUGAAUUUUUAACUGCUGAUGUUACAAAGCAAAGACUGAAGGAAAUGUAUGCAGACCCUGAUUUGCACUUUGACCUUGUCAGUUGCCAAUUUGCAUUCCAUUAUUCUUUUGAAAGUUACCCACAAGCAGAUAUGAUGUUAAAAAAUAUAUCAGAGUGUCUACAACCCGGUGGUUACUUUGUAGGAACAACUCCAAAUUCUUAUGAACUGAUUCAUCGAAUAAGGGCUGCAGAGGGAAAUAGUUUUGGUAAUGAAGUUUACAAUGUGGAAUUUGAAAGUAAAGACAAAGAAAACUUCCCAUUAUUUGGAGCCCAGUAUUGGUUCCGUCUUGAAGGAGUUGUUGAUUGUCCAGAAUUCCUUGUCUAUUUUCCAGCCUUAGAGAAAAUGGCAGAAAAGUAUGGACUAAAACUUAUAUCUAAGAAACCAUUUGCAGAAUUUUUUAAUGAAAAUGUCAAUGUAGCUGGAGAGAACCGAGGCUUGCUUGGACGUAUGCAAGCUCUGGAACCAUAUCCUGUUGAAGAUGGAGUAAAUGCAAUGAGUAGUAAUCAGGAUGAUUAUGCCUUUGCAAAAGAAGCACUUGAUAAAGCGAUAGCAAGUGGAAAUUAUGAUUUCCGACGUCCACUUAAAGUGGGCACUCUGUCAAAGGCUGAGUGGGAAGCUAUUACUCUUUAUUUAGUGUUUGUAUUCCAGAAAGUGAAAGUUGAUAAGAAAUUGGAUUCCUAUGACAAAUCACAUGUAAGUUCUCCUACAAGAACUUCUAAAAGAAAAUAUGAUGAUGAUGAUGAUGACCUUGAUGACACCAAGUUGAGCUCGCCCAAAAAAUUUGAGAUAAACUGA